AUGGUGAAGGGCCGCCAAGGAGAGCGCAUCAGACUCUAUGUGCGAGGAACUGUUCUUGGAUACAAGAGGUCCAAGUCGAAUCAGUAUCCUAGUGCGUCGCUGAUUCAGAUCGAGAAUGUGAACACUAAGGAAGAGGUGGCCUGGUACGCUGGUAAGCGCUUGGCGUACAUAUACAAGGCCAAGGUGAAGAAGAACGGCAGCCACUACCGUUGCAUUUGGGGCAAGGUCUCUAGGCCUCAUGGUAACAGUGGCGUCGUUCGCGCCAAAUUCAAGUCCAAUCUUCCCCCAAAGUCCAUGGGAGCUAGGGUCAGGGUUUUCAUGUAUCCCAGCAACAUUUGA